CCCCCUGCUACUUCAGUUUCUUUUUUACUACAACACAUGUUCUCACACGUAUUUACAGUCUCUCUCUCUCUCUCUCUCUCUUGCUUUGUAUUUUGACUUUUCUCGGUGUCUCUCCUUCUGUUCUCUUCAGUUUCCUCUUUCUUUAACCUUUCUUCCGUUUCUAGACAGAGAAAGCAAAUACCCCAUUGAGUUUUAGGAAAGAAAGAAAAGAAUAUUAUUAAAAAUGAAAGAAGGGAAAGCUUUUUUGAAGUCUAAGAUGAAAUGGGUCGGUUUGGUUGGUUUAGUUUUGUCAGUUUUUUCACUCUUUGUGCACUUCUUGCUAGCCAGAUUCACUGAAGACGGCUUCUCCGAGUACCAGUCUUCCAUAACCAUCUUCUCCUGGAGACCUGUUUUUGAAGCUACAGACCUCUCGAGAACGAGCCCAUUGUAUAGAAGACUAUGGGGUCCUGUUGGGCAAUUGGAAUCUUUGCAACCACAUGCUAAUACUAAAGGAUACUACGCAGAUCCUGGAGCUCAGUCAAGUGGGUACAUUUUUGUCAGAAUACAAGGUGGUUUCCAUGAGAUUAGGAGCUCGAUAUGUGAUGUGGUUGCGGUUUCUCGGUUUCUGAAUGCUACUUUAGUUGUUCCAGAGAUCCAACAAACAACUAGCAAGAAGGGAAUCAGCUCACAGUUCAAGAGUUUUGCCUACCUAUAUAAUGAGGAAACGUUUAUGGCGGCUUUAGCAAAAGAUGUUAAUAUUGUGAAAACCCUUCCUAAAAGCCUUAAAUCAGCGAGGAGAAAUAAGGAAAUCCCAGUGUUUAGAGUGCCGUAUGCAGCUUCACCGUAUUAUUAUUUGCACAAUGUGCUCCCUAUUUUGAUCAAGCAUUCUGUAGUUGAACUAGUUGUUUCUGCUGGUGGAUGCUUGCAGGCAAUUCUUCCACCGGAUCUUGAAGAGUAUCAAAGUCUUAGAUGUAGGGUUGCUUUUCAUGCCCUGAGGUUCCGACAGGAUGUUCAGGACCUAGCAACUAAUAUAUUGCAUAGAUUAAGGGCUCCUGGGAGACCAUUUAUUGCUUUUGAUCCCGGUAUGACAAGAGAUGCUUUAGCCUAUCACGGUUGUUCUGAACUCUUCCAGGAUGUGCAUGCUGAGCUCAUUCAGCACAGAAGAGCUUGGAUGAGAAAACGUGGGAUAAUAAAAGGGCAGCUUUCAGUAAAUUCUGCUAAGCAACGUCUCAAGGGUUCAUGCCCAUUGACGCCAGAAGAGGUUGGUAUUCUUCUUCGGGCAUAUGGAUACUCAUGGGAUACAAUAAUAUAUGUGUCUGGAGGUGAAGUUUUUGGAGGCCAGAGGACAUUGAUCCCACUUCACGGAUUGUUUGAAAAUGUUGUUGAUAGGACUUCCCUCAGCACAAGCUGGGAGCUGAGUAGAAUUUACGGUCGCGAGGCUAACCUCGAUGAAAGUUAUCCAAGGGCUCCUCCAUCUGCUCAGGUUGAAACAAAGCUUGAUGCUUGGAAAAACUCUGGUCCUCGUCCUCGUCCUCUCCCACCUCCUCCUGCUAGACCCAAGACUUAUAAUAUUGAAGGGUGGUGGGGUUGGGUUGCUGAGAGUGACAAUGAGCCUGAAAGUACAGUUGUAGAGUUGAGGACUAAUGCCCAUAAGUUACUAUGGGAAGCCAUAGACUAUACAGUUGCUGUUGAAGCUGAUGUUUUCAUUCCUGGAUUCGAUAGUGAUGGUAAGGGACAUCCAAAUUUUGCCAGUCUGGUUAUGGGACACAGAUUGUAUCAAUCUGCUGCAUCUAAAACAUACAGGCCAGACAGGAAAGAAGUUGUCAGGCUUUUGGAUCAAAUUCACGGCCACAUAUAUCAUGCAAACCAUUCCUGGUUAACAUCAAUACGAAGACAUAUGCGGAGCUCUUUAAUUGAUGGAUUGAUCGAAGCAUCAAAUAAGUCAAAAUCUUCAUCUUUACUUUCACAUCCAGUCCCUGAAUGUUCUUGCUUGAGGCCUAAUCCUAGUGAAACAUUGUCUAAUGCUUCAACCCCUUCAGUGCACUUGCAAGUUCACGCUGCUCUUGGUGUGGUACAUCGUUGUCCUGCUUGGAUGGACGGUGAAAAGAAUUUAAGCUCUAAUGAAAAGGACAACGAGGAGGAUAUUGAUGAAAAUGAUCCAUCAUCAUCUAGACUGUUUCUUCAGCAUGCAGGAAGUCAUGAUGCUGGAGGCGAAGAUAUAAACCUCAAAGAAGAAUCUCAAUUUGAGGAUCAAGAAGAAGAUGGUGGUGAUUGACAACAGGAGCUUUAUAUAUUUUGUUCAAGUUCCAAAAAUGCGGCACCAGCAUUGCAGUGUCAGUGUACAUAUUUUAGAGUGAGCAAGAGUGUCUUGAAUUCCAAGUCAAGAUGAAGAAGCAAGGUGCCUUACACCAGUUCUCAAACUCCGGUGAGUCGGGCCUCUAAUCGAAUCCAUCAGAAGUGAUAUUAAGCUCUUUUACACGGUGAUGUAUCAUAUAAUUGAAGCUUCGUCGGAAGGCAAUCGUGUUUUCUGCGAGUAAGCCUGCAAUCAAUUUUGACUAGUCUUACCUAGUUCUUGAUUUACAAACGUAAGUUUUUGUGGAUCUAUUUUGGGACAUUCCCAAAUGAUUAUGGGCAUUUUUCAUGCAUGACAUAACAUGAUUAAGAACAGAAUGAGAUAGGUGUUUUCCUUUAAUCCAUUACUAAAUAUCUAUCUAUUUAUUCCUUUUGUGAUGGAUGUUGGCUCUCAUUUCAUUUGAUAAUUCCUUGUAUGCUUGGGAAUUUUUGUUCUAAACAGGCUUAUGAAAAUUCCCGGCCUAGAAAAAAUAAGAAUAUGAAUACAGGCACCCUUUUGGAACCAAAUUUUCUUCUCCAAGAAUGUAAAAAUGUCCAUAAUAAAGCAUUGUGGCUCAAAAAGCAUGUUUCGAAUCAUCCCAAGCUAGAUUAAGGUGUGGAUUAUAAUAAAAUCCGAUAUAGAUUAAGUUGUUAAUGAUUGAUCAUUGAUGUGGCAUUUUUUUCUACACAUGCUAAUCAUUCCACAGCGGACUAAAUUAUAUCUGAAUAAAGAAAAUUCUCAGAACAGUUAUCAAUAAAAGUCGCUGUCACAGUGAAGUUUCCUUGGGCUUUCUCGGUCAAACAAAAGCCUUCACAACAGAGAAUUGAAGUUUCAGCGAUCUUGAAAGCCAAGCAUGGUAUGUGUAUUUUUGAACAGUUUUGUCAAACGCAUGGUUUCGCAGCAACUUGAGUCGACCACUAAGAAAGCAGUCAAAAAGGCCAUGUGGCUUCUAGUUCGUCAACCUUGAGCCAGACUUUUGUCUUCAAUAAUGGAAUUCCACAGUAAUAUUAGCUUGAUCUUCAAGCAAAUAUUUGGUUUAAGAACCCCCAAACAUGACAUAGUAAACCAUCUAGUCUCAAAUCAAUCAAGCAAGCAAAAACACCAGUUAAAUCUUCUCUGUCCAUUGGGAGUUUUUGUCAAAGACCAAGAUGAGCAAAUACAAGGAGGAGCUUUCGUGUGAAUCCUUUUUAAGAUUUCUGCUGUCCUUAUGCACCAAUUCAUUCUCAAAAACCGCACAACCAAGUGGCCCUGAAGCUGCCAUAGCUACUGCAACUAAACAUUUUAGUCAAAAAGUAACGUUUGGGUAGUUUUUAUAGCAUCUCUUCAAACAAGCAUUAAAUUGUAGGGGGGUCCUCUCCUGUCUCUGUAAGUGUAGCUAUAUUCCAUUUUCUAAUUAAGAGUAAGAGGCUUUCGUUGUAAAAUAGGUAUACUACAUAAACAAGUACCAUAUACGUACAUGUGGAUACCCAUCUUUCGGCUAAUCUAAGCCUGAGACUCCACUUCCCUAGGCUAACAAGUAGGUUUUUAUUCAACAAUAUUAAGGAGUUCUGUAAUGGUUGCCUGUAAUAAGAGUUGAACUAUAUAUUUUCUGUUUA